AGAUCAGAAAGUGUUGCUCUUGCUCCAAAUAUUGAACUCAAUGAAGUAGUUGUUGAUGCAGUUGAACCCGAAGAAUUGCACACCCAAAGAACUGGAAUAGAAGAAGACAGACCUGAAGUGAUGAAUGUUACUCCAUUAGAACGUGAUCCGGGGUUACGAAUUCCAGUAAUGCAACAUCCUUUUAACAAGCGUGAUGAAGUUCGGCGAGCAUAUUUAUUGUUGGGACCUUAUCAGCCGAGAUUAAAAUAUCCCCGCUCUAAAUUCGGAAAGCAAUACCGUGGUUUUAAUUUUAGUUGGUUCGCACAACAUCCUUGGUUGGAGUAUUCACCUUCUAAAGAUGCUGCAUAUUGUUUUCAGUGUUUUCUUUUUGAAUCAGAUCCUCCAAAACACUCAGCAUUCACUAGUGAAGGUUUCAAAAGAUGGUGUUCUGUUAAUAAUGGAUCAGCAUGUGCAUUUCUAAAACACUCUGGAAAUGUUGAUUCUGGACACUCUACUGCCCAAGGAAAUUCUGAAGCUUUGAAGAAUUCAGCUCAGCGAAUAAGUCUUUUGGUAGAGAAACAAUCAAUAGAGGCUGUAACGAGACAUAGGUUGCGUCUCAAGACAACAAUUGACUGUUUAAGAUGGCUUGCGCGUCAACAAUGUGCUUUCAGAGGUCACGAUGAGUCAAAAGGUUCAAGGAAUCGUGGGAAUUUUAUUGAAUUGAUCAAGUAUUCAGCAUCACUUAAUAAAGAUGUGAAUGCAGUCGUCUUGGAGAAUGCCACUGGAAAUGCCACUUAUACUUCACCCAAGAUUCAGAAAGAGAUCUUAAAUAUUAUAUCUAACAGAGUUAGAAGCAAGAUUCGCGAGGAAAUUGGAAAUGCCAAAUAUUGUAUCCUUGUUGAUGAGUCGCGGGAUGCUUCCAAGAAAGAGCAAAUGGUGAUUGUUUUAAGUCUGCUCAAGAAGAUGAGAUUGCCAAAAGGUUAUCUAGUGGUGAACUUGAGACAGGGAAAGGGGCAAACCAAAUAGGUACUUUGCCACGUGCUACUGAUACCCGUUGGAGUUCCCAUUAUGGUUCCGUAUGCAGUUUGAUAGAUAAGUUCGAAGCAAC